AUGGACGAGAGCAACAGAAUCACGAUUACAGUGUGCGGUGAUGGUGGAUGCGGAAAGAGUUCGAUUACGCUGCGGCUUGUGAGAAGCCAAUGGACAUCUGAGUACGACCCAACAAUAGAAGACUCAUACUCCGUAACCCGAACCGUCGAUGGCGUCCCCUACUACCUCAUGCUCACGGACACGGCCGGCCAAGAAGAAUACCGCGGUCUUUGGGCCGCCUCGAACCUGCAAUCCGACGCUUUCCUCCUCGUCUACGAUAUAACAUCUGCCAACUCGCUCGACGCGCUCGACUACUUCAUGGAGAUGAUAGAAAUGGAGACCGAGAACCGGUUAGACAAUGGCAAGAUACCGCCCAUCAAGUGCGUGGUAGGCAACAAGUGCGAUUUACAGGGCCAAAGACAGGUAGAAGCGAAGACGGGUCUCGAGUGGGCGAGGCGGAGAAAGUGCGGAUUUAUGGAGACGAGUGCGAGGGAGAUGGUCAACAUUGAGGAGACUUUUGCGCUGCUCGUACGUCGUGUAGUAGAAGCGCGGAGACUCACUGCCGGAGACGGCCCUGCGAACCGAACUGCCGCUCUUCCCCUUCAAUCGCAUCCGAACCGCGACCCGAACUCUUCGGCGGCGUAUCUGGAUAAUGAGAAGGAUGAUGAGGACGAGCCCAAAAAGAGUUGGUGGAGGAGGCUGAAAAAGAGCAGGAGCAACAUGUCGAAACCUCAUAUUGAGGAAGAGCUUCCAGUUCAGGAUGGUCUUUCUCGAACACUCAAAGACCUCUUCGCAGGUGCAGUGGGAGGAGUUGCGCAAGUCUUAAUAGGACAGCCUUUUGACAUUGUCAAGGUGAGAUUACAAACAACAUCACAAUACUCUGGUGCCCUGGACGCAGCGACCAAGAUCUACCAAAACGAAGGAGCCCUCGCCUUCUACAAGGGCACACUGACACCACUCAUCGGAAUCGGAGCUUGUGUAUCAAUCCAAUUCGGCGGCUUCCACUAUGCGCGACGUGCCUUCGAAGCCAGUAACGAAGCCAAGACUGGAAAAGGUCAAUUGUCAUACUCGCAAUACUAUGCCGCCGGUGCAUUCGCCGGUAUCGCCAAUACCGUUCUAUCCAGCCCCAUCGAGCACAUCCGUAUAAGACUGCAAACACAACCCCACGGUCCAAAUCGUCUCUAUGCCGGCCCGAUCGACUGCGUGCGCAAACUCUCGGCACACCAAGGCGUACUUGGCGGUGUCUACCGUGGCACAGCUGUCACAUUCAUGCGCGAAGCACAAGCUUACGGCUGUUGGUUCACCGCCUUUGAGUACAUGAUGAACGCGGACGCUGCACGCAACGGAAUUGACCGGAAGGAGAUCUCUACUCUAAAGGUCGCGGCAUAUGGUGGACUUGCGGGUGAAGUGCUGUGGAUCAGUUCAUAUCCCUUCGAUGUAAUCAAGAGCAAGAUGCAGAGUGAUGCGUUUGGCAAGGAUCAGAAGUACAAGAGUAUGAGGGAUUGCUUCGCGAAGACGUACAAGGGCGAGGGCUUGGGUGGCUUUUGGAGGGGUAUUGGACCGACUUUGCUCAGGGCUAUGCCAGUCUCGGCAGGCACAUUUGCUACGGUCGAGGUCACGAUGCGAUUGAUCAGCUAA